CAUAUAUACACCGAACGGAAGGCAUUUUCAUUUUCACUUCUCCUCCCUCAUCAUCGCGACACCACCAUAUAAGAGAAGAACAAACAACCAAUCUCAAUCUCUCUCAAUGGAAUCGAUGCCUGUAAAUUGGGAAGCUCUCGAUUCUCUGGUGAUAAACUUCGCGAAAUCUGAGAACCUUCUAGAAGAUUCUUCAUCCUCUUCCUCCUCUGCCUCUUCUCCCUCCUCUUCUUCUUACCGCUCCCGUCUUCUCAUCCGUCAGAUCAGACGAUCCCUUGAGAUCGGAGACAUCGAUUCCGCCAUCGAUCUCCUCCGUAUCCACGCCCCUGCCGUCCUUCACGACCACCGCCUCCUCUUCCGAUUGCAGAAACAGAAAUUCAUUGAGCUUUUGAGGAGAGGGACCGCCAGCGAUCGUGAUUCUGCCAUCCAGUGCCUGCGGACAGCUCUCGCUCCGUGCGCUCUUGAUGCAUAUCCGGAAGCAUACGAGGAGUUUAAGCACGUGCUGCUUGCAUUUAUAUUUGACAAAGAAGAUCAAACAUCUCCUGUGGCAAAUGAGUGGUCUGAGAAAAGGAGGUAUGAUAUUGCAGGAUUACUAUCUUCAGUCCUAAGAGCUCACUUACAGGCCUAUGACCCUAUCUUUUCAAUGACCUUGAGGUAUUUGAUAAGCAUACAUAAAGGAUUCUGCUUUCGUCAAGGAGUUUCAUCACCAAUUUCAGAUCUCACUGAAAGGUUGCUUCUUGAGGAGCGAGACCCACCUGCAACUCCCCAGGAGAGUCUUUAUGAGGCACCUCCAUUUGAUGAGGUUGAUAUACAAGCCCUUGCACAUGCCGUGGAGCUAACAAGACAAGGGGCAGUCGACAGCUUGAGAUUUGCUAAAGGAGAUCUAUUUCAGGCAUUUCAGAAUGAAUUGUGCCAGAUAAAACUUGAUGUUCCAAUGCUUGAUGAGCUUGUUCACGAGUACUGUGUUUAUAGGGGAAUUGUGGAUGGUGGCCUUGCACUACCAUCAGCAGCAGGACUGCAAACCCCUACCAGAUCCUCAAAAGUGUACCAGGCGGAUCUUGGAUCAAGCUCUUCGAGAGAUUGCUCUUCUUUCAACAUGGAUUGUGGAACUGGUAGAAACUCAGAUGGUGAAACCUCUGUUAAUAAUGUUGACAUGGAAGGUUCUCAAGAAGCUACUACUGAUGCUGUCAGCACUCGAGGCCAUGAUGUCGAAUUGAGAUAUGCACAUGAGGUAGCAGGCAACCGGGAUGAUUGCAGCACCAGUGAAACACAUCAGUCUGGAACUUGUGGUAGAAGGUCCCCAAGAAGCAGAAGUCAUGCAACUGGAGAAAGGAGCAGGCGCAAGAGAUGGAGAGGGAGAGUUGAGAGGCUAGAAGUCACUCCUGAUUUUUCCUUUGUUGAAACCAGUAAACAAGAACUUGUUGCUCCAACUCCGGAAUCCAAUGCAAGUAGAUUGGAGGAAGAGCAGGUCACCACAAAACAUUCUGUUAUAGUGAAUGUUGAAAAUGGGGAGGACCAUAAGUAUGAUAUUGUUCUAGAGAUGAGGGAACUUGCUCAUAAGGGAAUGGCUGCAGAGGUCGUAGAAGAAGUAAAUGCAAUGGAUCCCAAUUUUUUUGAACAAAAUCCUGUACUACUGUUCCAACUUAAACAGGUUGAAUUUCUUAAACUGGUCAACUGCGGCGAUCAUUCUAGGGCUCUAAGGGUGGCAUGCUCUUAUUUAGGUCCUCUGGCAGCGAGCAAUCCAGCUUUGUUGAAGCCUUUGAAAGAGACUUUGUUGGCUUUGCUUAGGCCCAAUGAAGAUGCAAUUGCCAAAGGCAUACCCUUAUCCGUUCUCGCAACUUCGCUCCAGGUUGCAAUGGGUAGGAGGCUCGGCAUUAAAGAACCUCAGCUGAUGAAGAUAAUGAGGGCUACCCUUCAUACGCAUAAUGAAUGGUUUAGGCUUCAAAUGUGUAAAGACCGCUUCGAAGGACUUCUGAAGAUAGAUUGUUUGAAGGAAAUUGAUGCCACCUUGUCUAUUGAUGCUACAUCCAAGGCAUACGCAGAUACUUGCACACAUGGCUCUUCCCAAGUUACUAUAUCCUCGGGCAGCAGGAUGCCAGAAGAUGGUAGCAGUCCAACUCCAGUGUCUUCUAGAGAUGUUGUUUGUGACGAAACAGCAAUACUUAAAGUUAUGGAAUUCCUUGCUUUGCCGAGGGCUGAUGCUAUCCAUCUACUAGCACAAUACAAUGGGAAUGCGGAGACCGUCAUCCAGCAAAUAUUUGCAUAGCUCUGAUUGUAUUACAGCAGUCCAAAACCGCUAUUUGUUUAUUUAUUUGAACAUUUUUUUUUCAAUUCUAUGUGUCAUAGCCUGUUGCAUAAGCUGUUACAACUGCUCCCCCUCACCGACCUUCUCAUACCAUUCCUUGUACGAACAUAUCCAACAUUUUCUUCUUGGAUCAACCUUAAUAAACUGUAACUUAUAUUUGGAUUGAUCCAUAUUACAAUCAUUUAUUAUUAUU